AUGGAUUUGUCGCAUCAAAAGUUGUUACUCUGUCAGGUUUGUGGCGAUCAAAGUUCGGGUAAACAUUAUGGGGUCAUCUGUUGUGAUGGCUGUUCGUGUUUCUUUAAGCGCAGUGUCCGCAAGGGCAACAUAACCGCCUACAGCUGUAUAGCCGGAAAAGGAAACUGUAUCAUUGAUAAGGCCCGAAGGAAUUGGUGUCCAUUUUGUCGAUUUCAACAAUGUCUGAAGGUGGGCAUGAAUGUCCAGGCCGUGCAAGAAGAACGAGGUCCGAGGCAUCAAAAUGCAACGAACUUUUUAAAUUAUUCACCGGAAGCAUCAAAAUCAGUUGCAUCGUUGUCACCACAAUCAAAUGAAAGUGCUUUCAAUUUUCAAAUGUUGGCUCAAAUUCUGGUAACCUGUUUACGUCAGGCCAAGAGCAAUGAACAAUUCCGUACACUGUCCCGCUGUCAACAGGAGGCCAUUCUACAUUUGGUUUGGAGUGAAUGUUUUGUGUUGAGGGCAUCCCACUGGACACUCGACAUCUCGGCCGUAUUUGAAGCCUGCGGUGAUGUGGCCUUGCAACGCAUCAUCAACGAAGCGAAACAAAUCAACGCCGAUGUAAUGGAAUUGAAUUUUCUUGAGACGCUUAUUCUAUGCCGCAGGGAAUAUGCCUUAAAUUCGGAGUGUGCCUCACUCUUGGAGUCCUACAGCAACAAUGCAUUGUUGGCAUUGGCCCGCUACACAGCUCAACAGUCAAAUUGGUUGCGUUUUGGUUCUUUACUCUUGGCCUUGCGUCAAUUGUCACUGCGACGUUAUGAAUGUACAUUGACCGGACUAUUUCGUUCCAUUGUCAAGGAUAUUAUUAAGACAUUGUAA